ACAUGACCGCGGGGGGGCUGGCAAGAUGGCUGCCUACUUGCAGUGGCGGCGCUUCGCCUUCUUCGACAGCGAGACGCUCACCUCGUCCGAGGGGAAGCCCGAGCCGCUGCCGCCGGGCAUCACGGUCUGCGACUCGGGCAGGGGCAGCCUCGUCUUCGGGGAUAUCGUAGGCCAGAUAUGGUUCCUGCCACACUCUCUUGAGCUCAGUAGUUUCCAAGCUUAUAAGCUGAGAGUGACGCACCUCUAUCAACUGAAGCAGCACAGCAUCUUGGCUUCUGUCGGAGAGGAUGAGGAAGGAAUUAACCCUUUGGUCAAAGUCUGGAAUCUAGAGAAACGUGAUGGUGGGAAUCCCCUCUGCACUAGGAUUUUCCCCGCAAUACCAGGCAACAAGCCAACAGUUGUGUCCUGCCUCACAGUCCAUGAGAAUCUCAACUUCAUGGCUAUUGGCUUUGCCGAUGGGAGCGUUGUACUUACAAAAGGAGAUAUCACAAGGGAUCGGCAUAGUAAGACUCAGAUACUUCAUGAGGGAAGCUAUCCAGUUACAGGCCUAGCUUUCCGCCAGUCAGGGAAAACAACUCAUCUGUUUGUAGCCACCACUGAGAACAUCCAGUGUUACACACUUUCAGUGAAGGAUUAUCCACAGCUAAAGCUGGACACGCGUGGCUGCGGACUACAGUGCUCCACGCUCAGUGACCCUUCCCAGGACCUCCAGUUCAUUGUGGCAGGAGAUGAAUGCGUGUAUCUGUACCAGCCAGAUGAACGUGGGCCCUGCUUUGCUUUUGAGGGCCAAAAGCUGAUUGCCCACUGGUAUCGGGGCUACCUUGUCAUUGUCUCCAAGGACCGGAAGACCUCUGCAAAGUCUGAAUUUGCUGGGGGUGACCCACAAAACUCUGACAAGCAAAUCCUGAACAUCUACGACUUGAGCAACAAGUUCAUAGCGUACAGCUCUGUCUUUGAUGACGUGGUGGACGUGCUGGCAGAGUGGGGCUGCCUGUAUGUGGUGACGAGAGACAGGAAGCUCCAUCUGCUGCAGGAGAAGGAUACGCAAACCAAGCUGGAGAUGCUCUUCAAGAAGAACCUCUUCGAAAUGGCCAUUAACUUGGCCAGGAGCCACCACCUGGACAGCGACGGGUUGUCUGAAAUCUUUCGCCAGUACGGAGAUCACUUGUACAACAAGGGCAACCACGACGGUGCCAUUCAGCAGUACAUCCGCACCAUCGGGAAACUAGAGCCAUCCUAUGUAAUCCGCAAGUUUUUGGACGCUCAGCGGAUACACAACCUGACAGCCUACUUGCAGAUGCUGCACCUGCAGUCGCUGGCCAAUACAGACCACACCACGCUGCUGCUGAAUUGCUACACCAAGCUGAAAGACAUCGCGAAGCUGGAGGAAUUCAUCAAGACGAGCGAGAGCGAGGUGCACUUCGACGUGGAGACCGCCAUCAAGGUGCUGCGCCAGGCAGGCUGCUACUCUCACGCUGUGUACCUGGCUGAGAAGCACGCGCACCACGAGUGGUACCUGAAGAUCCAGCUGGAAGAUAUCAAGAACUAUCAGGAGGCCCUGCGGUACAUUGGCAAGCUGCCCUUUGAGCAGGCCGAGAGCAACAUGAAACGAUACGGCAAGACCCUCAUGCGGCAAGUCCCGGAUGAGACCACAGAGCUGCUGAAGGUCCUCUGCACGGACUAUCGCCCAGUGGGGGAUUGUGAGGGUCCCAGCGUGAUGGAAGGAGUAAAGGCAAAUCCCGACGAGUUCAUUCCCAUUUUUGCCAACAAUUCGCGGGAGCUGAAGGCCUUUUUGGAGCACAUGUUGGAGGUGCAGCCUGAUUCCCCACAGGGCGUGUACGACACUCUGCUGGAGCUUCGUCUCCAGAACUGGGCACACGAGCAGGAUCCAGAGGUCAGAGAGAAGCGGCACAAGGAGGCCAUUUCCUUGCUGAAAAGUGGGAAGUUCCAGAGUGUCUUUGAUAAGGCUCUGGUUCUGUGUCAGAUGCACAACUUCCGGGAUGGUGUCCUGUAUCUCUACGAGCAGGGCAAGCUGUUCCAGCACGUCAUGCACUACCACAUGCAGAGCGAGCAGCGCCGCACCGUGGUGCAGGUCUGCGAGCAGUACGGCGACCAGGAGCCCUGCCUGUGGGAACAGGCCCUUGGCUACUUCGCCCACAAGGCGGAGGACUGCAAGGAGCACAUCGCGGCGGUGCUCCAGCACAUCGAGAGCAAGAACCUCAUGCCGCCCCUGCUGGUUGUACAGACGUUGGCCCACAACUCCACCGCUACCCUGUCUGUCAUCAAGGAGUACCUGAUCAGCAAGCUGCAGCAGCAGAGCCACCAGAUCGAAGAGGAUGAACAGAAGAUCCAGAAGUACCGGGAAGAGACCAAGCGGAUCCGCAAGGAGAUUGAGGAGCUCAAAACGAGUGCCAAGAUCUUCCAGAAGACCAAGUGCAGCAUCUGCACGAGCGCCCUGGAGCUGCCCUCGGUGCACUUCCUGUGCGGCCACUCCUUCCACCAGCACUGCUUUGAGAGCUACUCAGAAAGUGGUUCAGAGUGCCCCACGUGCAUGCCAGAGAACCGCAAAGUCAUGGACAUGAUUCGCACCCAAGAGCAGAGGCGGGACUUGCACGACCAGUUUCAGCAUCAGCUGAAACGCUCCAAUGACAGCUUCUCGGUGGUUGCAGAUUAUUUUGGCCGGGGGGUUUUCAAUAAACUCACCCUCAUCACAGACCUUCCUCCAGGCAAAUCUGCCGCAAUGCUUGAUGCAGGCUUACAACGUGACCUCCUUAUACACACGAAGAGGAGCACCUAGGUGCCGGCAGCUCACCUGCUGCCUUGGCCCGGGCCUUCCAGCUGUGCAACAUGAGCGACUUCUUCCGUGAGCCAAGGACUGCCAGAGGACAAUUUGACCAGUAAAAGCAGCAAGAUGGCUGCGUAGCUGCCAUUUGCUGCUUAUGUGUAACACUAGAUGUUCCAGGCUGACUAGGUGGGGCACGUCUUGCAUUGCUCUAGUCCUGCUCAUCUGUACAGCUGUGAGACUGGGUCUGGCUUCUGAGGUUUGGGAUAAAGUACCUUCUCUUUAACAGCACGGUUUAAGGAAGCUGUGGCUUUUUCCUUCUGCUUUUCCAAGCCUUGCUACUUCCAGCUGCUGGUAAAGGGUCCUCAGUAAAACUGGGUCUUUAAGCCUUAGUUGGGCUUCUGUAAGACUUAGCAGUAAAAAUGACUCUAAGCUCAAAGCUUCUACUAGCACUUUUUCUGUUCCAGGGCGUGCCCUGACCCCUAAUGAAUGGAAGGCACAUAAGCAUCUUCUUGCCCUAAUAAAAAGUACAGAGUUGAACUACA